CGAAAUGUUUCGAUGUUUUGCACCAGAAUGGAACAGCCGAAUUUUUCAAGGUGGAUCAUCGGUGAAUUUUGAAGUUUGAAUGCCAGUGAUGUAAGCAUGAGUUUCGCUGCUGUUUUCUGUGGAUGUGCUUCCAGGGCAACCACUCUUUUGCACUGCCCAAGGAUAUAUAACUGGCCAGCAGUGCAUAUAAUCAGAUGUUCCCACUAUGAUGUCCUUGGUGUACCUGAAAAUGCCAGCCAAAAAGACAUAAAAUCUGCCUUUAUAGAUAAAUCAAAAAAGUUCCACCCAGACAGAAAUUCUGAUCCUAAUGCAAAGAAAAUGUUUGCAAAGUGUGCUGAGGCAUAUGAAGUUUUGGGGAAAGAAAAAUCACGGUCUGAUUAUGAUGCUUCUUUGAAACAUUCAUCAUACUCAUAUGAUACUUCAUCGUCUUCAAAGUCAACAGGACCAGAUCCAUUCCAGUCACCAGGAUUUAAUCCUAGACAAAAGAGCAACCCUUAUAGGACAUAUGCAGCUCGGAAUCGUGGAACGUAUGGUGAGAGCUGGAAUCCCUUUGAAUAUGGAGAAGAUGUAUUCUUUAAACAAGGACGUCAGCGAGAAAAACAGUACUGGCAAAAAGGCACGGAUGUGAGAAAAUCACGGACUAUGGAUCCCAGGGAAGCUGCCAAGAAAGAGAAACAAAUGUUUAAAUAUUUAGGCACUUUCCUGUGUAUGUUUGUGAUACUGCAUGUAAUCAGUGAUUUUAGAUCAAAUUAUGAAACGAUGAAGAGACAAAAGAAAAUAGAAAAACGGAUAAAAGAGAGAGAUGAAUAUAGAAAGAAGUUCAAGGAGGAUCAUGGAAUGAGCUGAUUAGAAUGAGAUAAAAAAUUACUUGAGUCAGCCAGAGCCAUUCCCAAGCAGAUUUGAACUGUAGUUUGAUCUUCAUGGAGAGCCAGUAACAUACCAGGAUGAGAAUUAUCUGUUUUACACAAUCCUGAAAUAUCUAAGUGGGGAUCUGAGCUGUUGUAACAUCCAAGAUAAUAUGAUGCAGAUUUUUCAGAGGAAAAAUAUUUUACAGAAAAAUCAUUCAUAGAAGAGGGGAUGUCUUGGACCUAUGAAUGCAAAUGUUGUUUAACAUUAUUUAACUUUGUAAAUUAUGACUUUCCAAUUCAUUGGCAGGAAUAUACAAAGUAAUGCUCUUUUUGGCAUUUGAUGUGAAUUCCCAAACUAUUUGACUUUAAUUUUAAAGUCAAUGACAGGUCUGAAAUAAAGCAGAUUUUUACAUUUACAUGAUUAUCAGAUAUUAUUGAUUGAAUUUGAAAUGUUCAAUUUUUCAUUUCUGAUGAGGUUUAUAUAAAACAAAGAUACCUGUUAUAUGGAUGGUGUGCCUUCUAAUAAUGAUGUUUUGUUCAGCUUUCCUACUGAACUAAAGCAUGUGGUAUUUUUAAUGCUCAGAUCAAUUUUAAUUGGCUAAAAGUGACCCAGCUUCUGCCAUUGUGUAACUUUCAGGAUUUCAGUAUUAAAACAGCAGAGAUGAAACUAUCCCUAUCUGAAAUUGACUCAGUUACAUUGACUCAGAGUUACAUUGACUCAGAGUUACAUUGACUCAGUUACAUUGACACGGAGUUACAAUGAAACUGCAAACAGAGUAAUGAGUCAUACAUGUAAAUUCAAAGAGUAAUGAAAAUGCCAGUUGAUCUACAGCUUCAUUUGCAGUGAUUAACUUUUGUGGAUUCAUUGCAAUUACAAAAACAGCUAAAUAACUUAACUGCACACCAAAGAAUUUUUUUACAGUGCUCUGCACACUGAACUGAAAAUGGUUAUACCAUUGAUAAAUUAGAAUGAUUUCAUAUUUUUAUUUUCAAGCAAACUGUGUGCAGAAAACUUUCUUAAAUUGUUGAUAUGUUAUUGUGAUAUUGAUUUUGCAUUGUGAAGGACUAUUUAUUAAAAUGUUGAAAU